CACAGGUACAUCUGGAAUGUGGCUUGGGAUGUGGCUAUAAUGGGCCCACCUGCCUUGAUCACACCCAGCGCAUUAGCAUAGCAGCACCAGGUUCAAGCCAGAACACAAACUCUUCCUGCAUUCCACUCUCUGAUUCCCUCCAGAUGUGAUGGUCUACAACUUCCCUCACCAUGGUCAGUACUAAGCAAAAGGCAGAUGGGAACCAUGCCGGACCACCGAUAUAUCCUGAGCAGAAGGAUUUUGAUAUGAUCUAUAGAAUUGAAGAUGCGCCACCUUGGUAUCUCUGCAUCCUGCUGGGAUUUCAGCAUUACUUGACAUGUUUCAGUGGCACCAUCGCAGUUCCCUUCCUCCUGGCAGAAUCCCUGUGCGUAGGGAAGGACCAAUACACCAUCAGCCAGCUCAUUGGUACCAUCUUCAGCUGUGUGGGGAUCACAACUCUUAUCCAAAGCACUGUGGGAAUUAGGCUGCCUCUGUUUCAAGCCAGCGCCUUAGCGUUCCUGGUUCCUGCCAAAUCCAUUCUGGCCCUGGAGAAAUGGAAAUGUCCUCCAGAAGGGGAGAUCUAUGGCAACUGGACGUUACCUUUAAACACGUCCCACAUUUGGCAGCCGAGGAUGAGAGAGAUCCAAGGAGCAAUCAUCGUUUCCAGCCUGGUUGAGGUGGUCAUUGGUCUGGUGGGCCUCCCUGGGGCCAUGCUAAACUACAUUGGGCCCCUCACCGUCACUCCCACCGUCUCCUUAAUUGGGCUGUCCGUGUUCCAAGCUGCCGGCGACAGAGCGGGAUCGCACUGGGGCAUUGCAGCACUGUCGAUUUUCUUAAUCAUUUUGUUUGCUCAGUACCUACGAAACGUGUCUUUUCUCCUCCCCGGCUACAAAUGGGGACAAGGGUGCACUGUGUUCAGAAUUCAGAUCUUCAAGAUGUUCCCGAUCAUUCUGGCCAUCUUGGUGGUCUGGCUGCUGUGUUACAUUCUGACAGUGACAGAUGUAUUUCCUCGUGAUGUAGAUGCCUAUGGAUUCAAGGCCAGAACAGACGCUAGAGGAGAAAUAAUAUCCAUUGCGCCGUGGUUCCGUCUCCCUUACCCUUGCCAGUGGGGCAUCCCCACAGUGACAGCCGCCGCCGUGCUGGGCAUGUUCAGCGCUACCUUGUGUGGGAUCGUUGAGUCUAUUGGCGAUUAUUAUGCUUGUGCUAGGCUUGCAGGUGCUCCACCUCCACCUGUGCAUGCCAUUAACAGGGGCAUUUUUACAGAGGGAAUCUCUUGUAUCAUUGCUGGUUUGCUGGGCACUGGCAAUGGUUCGACUUCCUCGAGCCCCAACAUCGGCGUCUUGGGCAUCACCAAGGUAGGCAGCAGGAGAGUGGUACAGUACGGUGCUGGAAUCAUGCUCAUUUUGGGAACCAUUGGCAAAUUUACAGCUUUGUUUGCCUCCCUCCCUGACCCAAUCCUUGGAGGGAUGUUUUGCACAUUGUUUGGCAUGAUCACAGCUGUGGGUCUCUCCAACCUGCAGUUUGUCGACAUGAACUCCUCCCGCAACCUCUUCGUCCUGGGCUUCGCAAUGUUUUUUGGGCUCACCGUCCCAAACUACUUAGAUUCGCGCCCAAAUGCUAUCAACACAGGUAUUGCUGAAGUGGACCAAAUAUUAACAGUGCUCUUAACCACAGAAAUGUUUGUGGGAGGUGGCAUUGCAUUCAUACUGGACAAUACCAUCCCAGGGACUCUAGAGGAACGUGGUCUAGUACAAUGGAAGGCUGGGGCACAUGCAAACAGCGGCACGUCUGCAAAACUCAAGAGUUACGAUUUUCCAUUUGGAAUGGGUGUGGUUAGAAGGAUCCGGUGGUUAAAAUAUGUGCCAAUUUGUCCAGUCUUCAUGGGUUUUCACUGCGGAACAAAGCGGGAUUCCAGCACACCAGAACAGACAGCAAACACGGCAGAGAUUACAGUCAUAUGUACAAAAGUUUGAAGAGACUCCCAUAAGGUAUGGAAGUUUGGACAAUCUCAGAUACUAGGGUAUUUAGAUCAUACCCCAUGCCUCAAGCAAAUCACACCAGCAGAGAUUUUCUUCUGCCAACGAGUUGAGUUAAAGAAAAAGCAGUUAACAUUCAGCCUGGUGAACGGUUUAGCUGUAAAUCUGUAAGACACCUUUGUUCAUGGGCAGAAUUCUGCCACCCCCUUUCAGUUCUGUCUAUCCAGUACGUGCUUGGAAGAAAAAGAUGUAUUGGUGCUAUGUUAUGUUUUUGGGCGGCCAUUAGCAGAAUUGUGUGUAUCUUCCUGUCAAAAUAAGUAAAUUCCACAGUCAAAAUGAUUCGGUCAAGUAUAAUUGCUUUAAACGUACUUUGAUUUUUA